AUGAGUUACACUAAAGGGGCGGGGAGAUGGAGGGGAAUGAAAUGGAAGAAGGCCAAUGCAUUAUGCAUCCAAGGGAGAAUUAUGCCCCAAUCCCGAAAAUGGAUUUCUCCAACCCUUAAAUUAGAUCUGCAAACGAAUUUUGCACUCAAUGAUAUUGAACUUAGGCACAUGUGGUAUGCUCUAGAUUUAGCUGUUCUUGCGGUUGGAGUGAUGGAAAGGACUAUGACUGGUGAAAGAAAAAGUUUUCAUCAAGUUGCAUUUGAUCAUUUGAAAGAUCUACAGAACCAUUUGGGGGCUGUCAAUGACAUCCCUCGCAAGAUCAUGAUGGCGAAUGUCAUAAGUUCGCUUUUACAUAUGGAUGAUCUUUCUCUCAAUUUGGCUCGUUGUGCCUCACCAUGGAGCUAUUCUGAAUCACAUUACACAUGUGCUUCAGAGCAAACUGAUCUAACACGUGAAGAGGGAAACAAAUUAGUUGUAUCUUUCACGGGGAAACUACUAGAUAUAUUACAUCACUAUCUUCCUUCAACUAUAAGUUUAUAA